UAAUCAUUUUUAUUUGAAAAUUUUAAUGUAGUAGUCUGUUUAAUAAUAUUUCUAACGUACAAGGCGAUAUCUCAACCUAACAAGAUAACUUGGGGAUAUAUCAAAGGGCUCAUAGCGCCAAAUCUCAAUGGCUAUUGGCCAUCAACACAUGAACCAAUACAAGCAAUACCGGAAUCCACCACAAACGACAUUCGAAUGCAUCAAGAGUGUGCAAAUAAAAAGUUAUCACCCUGUUCGCAAACCAACAUAAGUCUCGACAAGACUACUCACCAACCACAACUAACCGUGCAUGAAUAGAGUUCGAUCCCCAUUAAGAUCACAAGCAACAAGCUCCUAACAUUAGAACGACCCAAAAGUCACACGGCUCAAAGGAGUUGACUAGGGGAUAAGAUAUUUUGGGACAAUCAACUUUUGGGCGUGGACUAAUCAUAUGCCUCCAUCAUACUCACUAGUGACAACGGCGAAUGUUACUUGCCAUGGUAAGAGGGAUCUAAGCACACAAGAAGAAGACGAUCGUCACAAAACUCACAUGGCUACCUAAUCACCCAAACGUUUAUUCCAAUUUCAAAAAAUUCUAUGCAAGGAAAUUGUGAUAAAAGAGUAACCAAGUCAAGAUAUCCAUUCAUUUAGGCACACAUGAGAACUAAACUUUUUCACACACCUAAUGCAAUUCUCAGUCAUCAUCAUAGGACACACUAAAUCACAUGCAAUCGAGUCAAGGUCAAUGCCAAUAAGCACGAGAUUCUCCCACAAACCGGCCACUUUGAUCAUGCAACGCUUAGAGCCCUCAAAUUUGAAAAUUUGGACAUAUAUCAAGGCUCCAAGAAAUCAAUUCACAAGCACAAGCACAAUAAUAAACUACCCCCCCCCCCCCCGGCCCCACACACACACACUUAAGCUCGACAUUGCCCUCAAUGGCGGAAAAUAGGGGGUAAAGCGAUGUUGCAGUAAAGCUUGGCGAGUGAAAGAGGGACGAUUUCCAGGGUAGGAGAUUUGAGCUCGACAUUUCCCUCACUUGAGGCGAGUUUAUUACACAUAAAAAUAUUCCACAUCACGAUAAAAAUGAAGAAAAUCUCACAAACGUACUAGUUCACACACAAAAGAAAAGAAAAAUAAAAGAGUUCAGAGUUUCAAGUGGAGAAGUGGGCCGAAAGAAAUCGGCUCUGCCACAUGUCUCACUGUGUCGACUACCUCUCGCUGGUCCUAGGUCAAUCCACUUCCUCGUCAUCAGGCAGGACACCCUGCUUGCGGGCAAUUCGCACUAGAAGGUCAGUGGAACGAUCGAGGCGGGUGUUAACCCCCAUGACCUCCUCCUCAAGGUGUAUGACUCGGUCCACCAACUGGAAUCCGAAUGAGGAACCAGCUCCGACUGAUGAUGAUGGUGGUGGUGGUGCGGAACGACAGAGGCGACCUAGAGCUUAAGUAGCCGGCUGCUAUGGCGGAGGGACCUCUGGAUGAGGCUCCACUGGAGAAAGGUCGAUAUGUGUCCUUGGAGCGGCCAAUGGUCGAAGUCCCUCGAGGUACUCAAUCCCUCGCUCUCCCUUGAGCACCAGCUUCAUGUUGUAAAGCGUCUCCAAGGGGAAUGGCUCACUCCGGUCGAUGAUGGAGCAUCCUGUCAGAUCAACCCCGAAAUGUCAGGCUAGCCUCGUGAUGAUGGCCCCCAAGUGCAUCUUGUCCACUCGAUCAUGCCCCAGGCAUCUUGCAAAUGUGGUAGCCACCAAUGAUCCCAAAUGAAGUGGCUCUGUUGGGUGGCUCAGGGUAUGGAGGGCUAUCAACCCUUUGUUGGUGAUCAUGUGCCCCGACCGCAGACUAUGGAUGAUCGACUUCAUAAACGGUGUGUGCAGGAUCCUCCAAGGCUUCUGGAGCUUCAAUGCAUUGAUGUUGGAGCCCUUAAAUUACUCGUUCUGGUUCGUCGAAAGGCAGAUGGCGUGGAAGGCCUCAUCGUAGCAGAAGUCAUCUAUGUACAGCCUCUCCGUCAUGGUCAUGUGCGUGGGGUUGAGCCCCAUGUCCUGGGAGAACCCAUCAUUAGCCAGCACAUGAUUCUGACCUCCCAGCACAAACUCCACGUACAACCAGUUGCGCUUGCUCGACGGGAUCACAUGGGAGAAGGUCGAGUAGAACUCGACAUAGAGCACACAGUAAAUGAGCUCGUCAACCGCCAGGAGGUGUCGCCACUAGGGAUGAAUGAGAACCCCAGACAUUGCUUUCCGGCACAUGAACCUGGUGAACAAAUCCAGGUUCAACACCUAGUGAGCUCCUGCCUGGCUGUACCUCCAUUGCUCGAACAUGGUGUCGUAUUUCUCGUGGUUCACCAGGUGGUGAAUGUACUCAUGGCUCGCAUCAACCAUCUUGCAAAACAUCAAAGACAUACACCAUACAUGGGAACAUUCAUCAAUCUCAAAUCAAUGGGGGAGAAAAGAAUUCCCCCACACUUAAGAUUCCACUGAGGUCUUAUGCCUUUAAAGGCUUUUGACAAUAUCAUAUUUCAAGCAAUUUAAGCUCAGCCACGUACAAAUCGCAUUGACACAUGGUUCUAGGUGAUUCAUAGUUCUUCCAAAUAAAAAAAAAAGGGUGUCUAAAAUCGACCGCAAAAUAGCCCGGUAGAGCUCGUCGGAGUCUCACUGGAAAUCUCCCGCCACAAAAAAAAAUUUUGAGCGAAAUCGCCUCUAAACUUUGGCGAAGGUGCGCUCGGGCUGGGAAUAAUUUGUCUGUGCUUGGAUUUUGAUUUUGGUGAACGAAAGUCGUCGAAAUUGACAAAAUAAAUACGUGGGCUUGGUUUUCCGACGAGUUUCAGAAAUUUCCGGCAGCCGGGGGGGGGGGGGGGGGGGACGUGAAGUAAAGUGAAGGAGAAGUG